AUGUCGGAGGCUCAGUCAAGUCAAAUCCCCAACGGGAUGUCGCCUUCUCCUCCUACCGCUACCGCUACCACCGAUACUUCUACGUCUGCUCCUGCUCCAGCUCCUGCUGCCUCUUCUCCAACUCCCGCCCCAGUAGCUAGUACGACUGCUGCUGCUCCUGCGCCUAGCCCGUCUCCUACGCCUGUUGCUGCGGCUUUAGUUGCUACUGUUCCUGCUUCUGCGGUUCCUGCUCCUACCGCUCCCGCUGCCGACCCUCCAGCAGCUCCACCAGUUUCUGCGACUGCUCCUCCUCCAUCGUUUCCCCCUUUACCACCGAUUUCUACGGAAGAUUUUGAAAGAACCACAGACUUCACGAAUGGCCUUCAAACCGCACCUGUCUCGUCUCAGAAUGUUACGAAUGCAAAUGUCCCAGCUACUUCAUUUACUGCAGUCAAUGCGCCAGCUACAGUCCCUGCGCCAGUACCAGCACCUACAGCGGCGCAAAUAUCGUCUGCGCCUCCAGUAGCAACUACGAACGCACCCUCGCAAACAUAUUCGUCUACACCGGCCGCUGCUCCCACACCUUCGCCUUCGACGGGACCUGCGGUUGCGCCUACGCAAACACCUUUGUCUCUGCCUCCAACAGCCCCUACGGCGCCGCCUCUAUCUGUACCUCCUUCUCCGUCUCUGGUAACGACAUCAGCUCCAUCACAGCCUUCAUCAGUUAAUCCGGUUCCCCCUCCCCCAAUGUCACAAUAUCAAACAACGCCGAAUGCCCCAUUGAAUCCUCCACCAAUGCAAGCACAACCUCCCAUGGGAUCGCCGCAUCCAACUACUGCGCCUCCCAUGCAACCAAUGGGUCAGUAUAACCAGGCGUAUUCUCCACAGAUGGCGCAAAUGGGUAUGCAGACACAAAUGAGUUAUCAGCUUCCAGGUGGUAAUAACUCGCGUUCACGGGCGCAUCAACGAGAAGUAAAGAGGCGGACAAAGACGGGCUGUCUGACUUGCCGUAAGCGCAGAAUAAAGUGCGACGAAGGUCAUCCAGUGUGCCGCAACUGUGUCAAAAGCAAACGCGAAUGUUUAGGUUACGACCCGGGAUUUCGACCACAACCUCCACCCUCCGAUAUACGACCUGCAAGCAUACCCCAGCCUUCGCUUGUCGUGAAUCCUCAGGAAAAUCAUAACAGCAAUCCUUAUCCUUCCGCGCCCCCAGGUUACAUCCCCGCUUCAGCUCAGCCCUUCGCUCCCUCUGUCCAGUCGGAUUCUUCUAUCCAGUCGUUUGACCAAUCCAAUAGCAAUCGCCAAGGGCCUGUCGAGCCUUCUGUGGAGGGAAGUGAUACUAUGUCGGUUAUGGCAAGUGUACAGGAUACGAUUGACAGUUCCAUUUCACAAGCCGUGGGAACACCCGAUCUAUCGACACCAGUACUCAUGCCGCUCUCCGGUCAAGUCGGUCGACAAGAAAAGGUAAAGAUACAGGACCUUUUGGCGCUUCAAGGUAUCGCGCCGCCUCCGCCGUAUCCUAUCGUUCCUAUUCAGCAAGCCCGUUUGGAUCAGAUACAGACUGUUUACCUUCAUACAUACGCGCCAGCCAUUGAUCGAUUUUUAGAAACACGAUGGUUUCGCGACAAAGGCUUGUCUCAGUUGUUGACAAAUGCGCAACUCAUGGCACAGUACUCGGCUCUUAUUGAUGCUUUCAAUGAUCCAAAAAUAGAUGAUGUCGCUGUCAGAGGACGCGUGGAGAGUUUCGAGGCGUCUGUUGUGUGGGAUACCAUGUCUAUCUGCCGUUCGGCUCGUAACCUUGUGCGAAAUGGCAGCACGGAACCCACGCAGGAAUACGAUUUGCUUACGACGGCAAAUCGAUUUGAUAUUCUGGAAGCUCUGAUCACCGAUGAUCAUCUAAAGGACAACCCAUUACGAGCAGAUCUCACUCGCCCCCCGCCAUCAAAUCUAAACCCUCUUGAAGUCCAAUUACGUACUCGGUCUUUGAAUUUCUGGAAUUGUAUCGGACACUUUCUUACACUGCACGAUAACGAGGCUUCAUCCGCUGUUGAGAUUGAUGAGACCUUGGCUCGUUGUCGUUCGCUGCUAGACGAAAUUGAGAACCGAGAUGUGUUAUAUUCCAUGGCUAUUGGACGACAUCUGGGCCAACGUCUGUCAGACUUCCAACCCCGAAAUAGACCAGAAAAUUCUAGUGACGAGCGGAACGCGAAUACGAAGCUCAUCGUCGCACAGAGAUUCAUUGAAGACGAGUCUAAAGACAAAGGUACAACGCAAGUUGUAAAACGUCUAUGCGGCAUGGUCCAUAGAUUAUGGGAGCUGAAAAACAUCCUGCUGCCACGUGCUUGAAACGAUUGACGAUGGAACUCGAUGAUGCGAAUGCAUGGAAUUUUGAUUGAUAAAACAUACUAGCUUAUGGCGUUAAGGUGUUCAAAAAGAGAAGACUUUACAUUCUUUUUAUUCAUGUAUUAUGGAGACACGGCGUUUAUGUCUUUUUACUGUUGUCUCCUGCAAUGGUCUUCCCGUUUCCCACUGAAGGGGAGAAUACGGUGCUCUUUGUGUGACUAUACCCUUUUAUUUGGAUCUUGAUUUAGAGCGCCAGUAUUUUCAAGGAUCAUGCGGUCUAUGAUCGAGAGAUCAAUGCAACUUGUUCGAGUCCUC